AGAGCAUCUUGGCUCCACACACUUGCGCUGCGAACCUCAGUCUGGGUUUCUCCAGAUUUAGCUCUGCGUUUGCACAGCUGACGCAGGGCUAUGGCAGGAACUGGUGGAUGUGAGUCGCGUGACGAGGAAGAGGUUGAGCCCAUGCAUGCAUGGCUGCAGUCCAUCCGGAUGCAUCUUGAGGCUGCCGAGCUGCGGGAAGUUCUGAGACAAUCUGAUGAGCGACAGAAGCAGCUGCAGGCUGAACUUCAGGAAGCCAAGGCAGAAGCCGCUGAGGCAGCAGCACAGAAGGCCAAAGUUGAGGACCUGACGGGAAAACUCGUGACUGUGCAGGCGCAGCUGGCGACGAAGAACCUUCAGUUGCAAGAGCCUUCGACAACUGGGCCAUUGCUUUCCACGCAGCCGGUCACAUCUUUUCAGGCCGAAAAGCGGCCCAGCGAAGCGUUAUCAGCACCACCUGGCCUUUUCUUGAAAAGCGAGACCUGCAGGCCUGCUGCAUCACCGACUGCACCCAUUCUCGGUACAGUGCCAACAUCCACUGGAUCACUUCCUCGUCUGCUCGGGAAUCGCGGCCCUCCUCCAGGCCUUCCUCAUCCAGCGAAGGUGGUCGACACGCCGAUUCUUCAAACAGAGCCUGUCCGCAUCGAGUGAAGCUUGGGUUCUGAGAUCCGAAAACGAGUAUGGCACAAACAACGGUCGGAGAGGGGUUUGGGGAAGACCAUGUUUUGGGUUGCAAAGCCCGAUGUUUCUAUGAUAUGUUUUCUUGUGCUUCACAGAAAUGCCAUCACACAAAUUGUUUGUCUGGCGUUGCUCAAAGCGCUGGCUUGGACUGUGAAUUCGGUUCUGGGAUGUUCACAUGUAGCAGCCGAGCUUCAGCGAAGCGCGCAAAAGUCGUGCAGCUGUGUGUGCAUCUCUAGGGUCUUUGCUACACCAAAGCAAACCCUUGGCAUGCAGGUUUUUCCAGCUGCCCAAAGAGGAUUACUGCUGGGUAGAACAUCGUGCCUGUUAGUGAUUCCAACGGCUUGUCAUUUUUGUCCAGCUUCUCAGCUUCUGAAUUUUGUCUUUUGUUGAUUUACUUGGUCAAACAAUGUUUGCUGUUGCACAGCACUGCUGUAAUACAGCACUGCUGUGCAAAGAAUGUGCAGCCACGCGAAUAACAUUUCAAUAGCAAAUGACGCUUGCAACCAGCCGCCAAGAA